UCCAAAAGAAGUUAUCGAGGUGUAGGCGUCGUUUGCAUUUCGCGAGCGGCAAAUUGUAUUUCUUUUCGUGUUGUUUUCUUUAAUCCUCGCAUAAUAUGGAGAAGACCAAGCCAUUGCUGCAUGACACUUUGAUAUCGAACCGCGUCAAGAAGUACCUCGAGGAGCACGUCGGCGAGACCUACCUGGAUAUAAAGCAGAUGACCAAGGAGUUGAUGAACACAUAUCCGGACUAUAGGCGUCGCAAAUUUGGUCCCUUCAAGCAAUUGGUGCAUCAGGCUUUCUCCAUCAUCUCGGAAAGCUAUUGCUUGGACAAGGUGGAAAGCUCUGACGAAGGCACUUCCAGCCAGGACUCCGAGGUCCAACCCACCACAAACAACAGUGUCAUGAGCAAUAUGAUGAAUAGUUUGUAUUCACAAGACCGGAAGCCGGCAUUUAAAACAUUCAGUGAACCCAUUGAUAUAUCUAGUGGAGAUGAAGACCUCCGUAACAUCGAAUCAAAGAACUUAAAUGGCGACAGUUUCGCUAAGACUGUGGAUGAAGUUACGGGUCCAAAUGUGCCUCCUGUUUUGACUGCGUCUGCAUCGGGAGCAGCAGCAGUAGCAGCACCUACGCAGGGCAACGCGUUGAAGCGCUUAAUGAGCGAUCAGCCAGAGAUGCCGGUGGUUGCCAAGAAAGCAGCCAAGCCGAAUGUCAUUCAGGGCAGUGUUGGUAACGAUGCCACAGUCCCAAAGCCUGUGAAUAAGGCACUCAAGUCUGUCUAUAGCGAUUCUGCUGUUAAUUCGGGCAAGUCCAAUUACCAGCAGCAGAAUAAUCAUCAAUCGAAUCGAGGCUCCUCCAACCGACACCGUAAGUACAAAAAAGAGAUAGAUGUGCAGCACAUCACGGAGUGUUUCCGCGAAAUUGGCGGCAUGGAGGAUACGCUUAAGGAGCUUUGCGAGAUGUUCAUACACAUUAAGUCGCCGGAUUUCUAUUUUCAAUUGGGACUGAUGCCCUCGAGGGGUAUCCUGCUGCACGGACCACCCGGCUGCGGCAAGACCUUUCUGGCCCGUGCCAUAAGUGGACAACUGAAGAUGCCGCUGCUUGAAGUGCCGGCCACUGAGCUAGUUGGUGGCAUAUCCGGUGAGUCCGAGGAGCGCAUACGCGAGGUCUUUGAACAGGCCGUGUCCUUUUCGCCUUGUGUUUUGUUUAUUGAUGAGAUCGAUGCCAUUGCCGGUGACCGCCAACACGCUGCCAAGGACAUGAAUCGCCGCAUUGUAUCGCAGCUGAUAAGCAGCUUGGAUAACAUGAGGAUGAACGAGCUUGGCCAUUCAGUGAUAGUGAUUGCUGCCACCACGCGUCCUGAUGUCCUAGAUCCCGGCCUGCGUCGUAUCGGUCGCUUCGAUCACGAAUUUGCUUUACGCAUACCGACGCGCAAGGAGCGGCGCGAGAUCCUCCGUCUUCAGUGCGAAACCUUGACCGUUGAUCCCAAACUGAACUAUGACAAGAUAGCUGAGCUAACACCAGGUUAUGUGGGCGCCGAUCUAAUGGCCCUCGUUUGCCGUGCCGCCCACGUGGCCGUGAAGAAUAGGUCCCUGAAGAAGUUCCGGGAACUGCACAAGGCCAAUGAGCUGAAUAUGACCACUGUCACGCUGGAUGACGAUGAGGAGGCAGCGGACAGAGUUUCCGAAAAGGAAGUGGAUGUAAAGCCAAAGGGUGACGCGGAUAAGGAGGAAGACGUCGAAAUGAAAAUCAAAGCUGAUGGCGAGAAGGAGGAAAAGGAAAAAGAGAAGGUCGAAAAGGAAGCCGGAGCUGAGGGCGAUAAGGAGGAAAAUAAGGAAGAGGAGAAGGAGGAGGUCGAAAUAGUAGUCGCAGCUGAAACCAAGAGUCCCCAAAAGGCAGCGCCAAAGAAUGACAAUGAAAAAGAUAAAUCUAAUGAUAAGGAGGAGGAGAUGGCAGCUAAAACCGAAACUGAAGCUUCCAAGGAGGCCGCGCCGACUAAUGGCAAAAUAAAGAAAUCAACGGACUCUAAAAUGGAGGUGGAUGAGAAGGAGGACGAAGAUGAGAAGGAGAACGAUCCUUCCAAGGAGAGCUCCUCCGAAAACGAAUAUUACGAGCCUACACUGGCUGAGCUAACCAACUUUCUAGACAAUCCCCCCGACGACUUCUCCGAUCCAAACUUCUGCCUCACCCUGGCCGACUUCCUGGAAGCCAUCAAGGGAAUGCAGCCAUCCGCCAAGCGUGAGGGCUUCGUUACAGUGCCGGACACUACUUGGGAGGAUAUUGGAGCCUUGCACGAUAUUCGCGAAGAGCUGAAGCUAGCUGUGCUGGCGCCGGUCAAAUAUCCGGACAUGCUGGAACGCCUCGGACUGACCGCUCCUUCUGGAGUCUUGCUCUGCGGUCCGCCGGGAUGCGGCAAAACUCUCUUGGCCAAGGCCAUUGCCAAUGAGGCUGGCAUUAACUUUAUAUCGGUGAAGGGUCCAGAGCUGAUGAAUAUGUAUGUGGGUGAGAGCGAGCGUGCUGUGCGCGCCUGCUUCCAACGUGCCAGGAACUCGGCCCCCUGCGUCAUCUUCUUCGACGAGUUCGACUCGCUCUGUCCCAAGCGUUCCGAAGGCGGCGAUGGCAACAACUCAGGGACACGCAUUGUCAACCAACUGCUGACGGAAAUGGAUGGCGUGGAGGAGCGCAAGGGUGUUUACAUUUUGGCGGCCACCAAUAGACCCGAUAUAAUCGAUCCAGCCAUUCUGCGUCCAGGUCGUUUGGACACAAUUCUCUAUGUGGGCCUACCAGAGGAAAGCGAGCGUGCCGAUAUUCUAAAAGCCACCACAAAGAACGGAAAGCGUCCUUUGCUGGCUGAUGAUGUGAAUCUCGACAAGAUUGCUGCACAAACUGAAGGCUACACUGGUGCCGACUUGGCGGGAUUGGUUAAGCAGGCUUCCAUGUUCGCCCUGCGUCAAUCUCUGAACGAUGGCAACACAAACCUUGACGAUUUGUGUGUGCGAAACAAGCAUUUCAAAGAGGCUCUACUUCAGCUUCGCCCCUCAGUUAAUGAACAGGAUCGCAAGAUCUACAACAAACUGCGCGAGAAAUACGCUGCACCCAGGGUGCCAAUCUUCAAUAAUAAGUAACUCUCUCAACAAUAAUGGAUUUGUUGUAUUAGUCUUUAAGUACUCCCCUCUAUGAAGCAUAUACAUUGUGAAUUUGAGCGACUUAACAUAUGAUUUUCAAUAUAAAACACUAUAUCGUUACAAAGAAAACAAAUCUGAGUUAAUUUUAUGGACAUUACGCGCGCUUAAGGCCAAGUGCGAACUUGUACAAUUAUAUUCAAAAUAAAAACUAUCGUA